AUGUCCCAACCCGUCGGCCUCUUGUCCUAUGAGACUUUAGUGCAUGCCGUGGCUGGAGCAAUGGGAAGUGCAACAGCAAUGACAGUCUUCUUCCCGUUGGACACAGCCAAAAGCAGACUGCAGGUGGAUGAGAAACGAAAAGCCAAAUCCACACCAGUCAUUUUGGCAGAAAUAGCAAAAGAAGAAGGGCUGCUGUCGCUGUACAGAGGAUGGUUCCCCGUCAUCUCAAGCCUCUGCUGCUCCAACUUUGUGUACUUCUACACCUUUAAUACUCUGAAGAGGGUGAUGGUCACAGGCCCACAAAGGUCCAGACCUGGUAAAGAUCUGCUCAUGGGAAUUAUAUCAGGUGUGGUGAAUGUUGUGCUGACCACGCCCAUGUGGGUGGUCAACACAAGACUCAAGCUGCAGGGAGUGAAGUUUAGAGAUGAAGACCUGCACCAGACUCAUUACAAGGGAAUUUUCGAUGCAUUUUCACAGAUCAUCGCCAAUGAAGGAGUGGGGAGCCUGUGGAAUGGACUUCUACCCUCUCUCAUCCUGGUCUCAAACCCUGCUGUGCAGUUUAUGUUUUAUGAAGCCAUGAAAAGAAGAGCAGGCAAAGGUGGAAGGAAGAUUUCCUCUGCUGAAAUCUUUCUCAUUGGAGCCAUUGCAAAGGCCAUUGCUGCCACAGCAACAUAUCCACUGCAGACAGUUCAGGCUAUUCUGAGGUUUGGUCAGUACAAAGGUGAUGGCAAAGGUGGGAUACUGGGAAGCCUGUCGAACAUUGUAACUUUGUUUUUGGACAGAAUAAAAAGCCAUGGUGUUAUAGGACUGUACAAAGGGCUGGAGGCCAAGCUGCUUCAAACAGUCCUCACAGCCGCUCUGAUGUUUGUGGUGUAUGAAAAGAUCACUGCUGCUACCUUCAAAGUCAUGGGCAUGAAUCGGAAACUCAAGUGA